AUGCAGCAGACUCUCCGCCUCUCUCAAGGUCUUCGCACCCUGCAAUGGUCUCUCCCUCCGUCAGCCCUCUUCCGCGGAGCUUCACCACGCCUCUAUUCCCAACUCACUCGCCACUCUUCUCAACAAUACCGACCAUCAGUCCUCCCCAAUUUCGCCAGACCAGCCAUUAGCACAAUCUCAAUACAAACCCGCUACAACUCCAACACAUCAACCCCUCCGAACCCCCUAACCGACCAAACUGCGGACUCAGAGCGCGAUGCCGCGAACCAAGAACAAAAUGAACUCCGCCGCGCAGAAGAACCUGCCUACAUGCUUGCCUUCACCUGCAAACCCUGUGGCGACCGGUCCGUGCACCGCGUAUCGAAACACGGGUACCACCGCGGCACAGUCCUCAUUCAGUGCCCGGGCUGCAACAACCGGCAUAUUAUCAGCGACCACUUGAGGAUCUUCUUGGACAGCAGCAAGACACUGGAUGACAUUAUGAGGGAGAAUGGGGAGAAGAUUGUGCAUAAAAACCUUGUUGAUGGUGAUCUUGAGUUUCGGGAUGAUGAGCUUAUGGCGAGGAGGAUUGCUGAGGAGCUGGAGAGGGUGAAGGCGAAGGCGGCGCCGGAGAAGGAGACAAAGCAGUGA